AUGAGCGGGACAAGCUCCAGCGUUGACUACGACUACGAAGACGGAGGAGGCAACACGACGGACGCGGAGUACGAGGCGCUCAUCGCCGACGUCCUCUGGCCGAACCUCGUCGAACGCUGGUUCGUCGCCGUCCUCGUCGCCAUGAUGGUCGUCGGAGUUGUUGGCAACAGCCUCGUUGUUCUCGUCGUCUUCUCCAACAAGUCCAUGGUACGACCUUCCAAAAAUGUCACGUCUUUAAGUCUGACUCUUUCUCUUUCUUUUUUCACGUAGUCUGAAGACUGAAGCUCAGUAGCCUGACAGUAGGUUGAUAAUUCAAGUCUUUUGGUUUGAAAUGGAAAAUCUGUCUAUCUUCUUUCUUUCGUAAAUGUAUUAUUUUGGACUCUUGAAUUACCAGAAAAGAUUAGAACUUGACAUUCCAUCAAAGGAAUUUUUUUUUUGAUUUUUUUUUUCAGUUUUCGAUGUUAUAGUCUGUAGAUUACUUAUAAAUUUUCUCCCAGAGUUGUUAAUUCCGUGUUCAAAGUUAUUUCCGCGAAAUUCAAAAUGGUCUCUGAGUCUCCAAAAAUUAGUUAUGUUUUGCUUUCUCUGACGGUUAUUUUGAAUUUCGCGGAAUCACUUUGAACACUGCAUAAAAAUCAUUUUUGAUUGAAAAAAAAAGGAAAAUAGCUCUUUGGUUGUUUCAUUAAAUUUCUCUGCACAAAAAAACAUUUUUUUAAAUAAAACACGCUCACGUCUUCGAGAACACGUCUCUUUUCUCAUUUACGGACGUCGCACGAACGUCACUCCUUCGGAUGCUUUGCCAUUGAUGAAAAUUGGCAAGAAAUCUGCCGAUUCGCAUUAAAAAACGUUUUUUGUGCCAUUUUUGGGCCUAACGGGUUCGAGAAAAUUUCUCGAAAAAGAUAAACCAAUAUUCUAAAAAUAAGCUUUUAGAAGCAGAAAAGGUAGGUUUUUUCAGGCUUUUCGUGUAAAGUAAAAAAUUUCUCUAUAGAAAUUUGAGUAUUCAAAAAAGGAAGGAAUAAGGCCAAGUGAAAGAGAAUUUCGGAAAAUAAUGGAUGUUUCUCAUGCGUAUGUUGAGAUUGUAUUCAAGCCACCUUAGCAAGAUCAAUCUGAAAAGUGUCGCGAAAUUGAAGCUAUUGAAAUAUCUAUUCAGGUCCGAUUGAUUUAGUUGAUAAGAUUAAAAAUUCAACUUCCGCACGGAGUAAAAAUCAGCGACUAUCGAAUUCAAUCAUUUGUGUGAACUCAUCGACUUUCUUCGAUCUUCGUUACACUUAAACUGAACCCUUUCUUCAUUUUUUAUUCAUAUCGGAAGGGCUUCUUUGUUCGAGGUAUUCCUUCACUCUGUUAAACGCCCCAGAAAAUUAAUUCAUAGCUAAUUAACAAGUCCCUCCGUCGUUUGUUUUCAUUGCGAAAUGAACGACGGUGCCAAACGAAAAAUUGCAUUAAUUGCGCCGUUUGCCUUUGUUGGCGUCCUCUUCUCGAGGGGCCUUUUAACCCAAACGUUUGCUCACUUUGAUCAACUUGAAAGCCGAAAGACGGGAAAACUUGAGCUACUGAGAGUCAUGAAUAAAACUAGCCUAAAAUAGCAAAAGUAAUUUGGCGUCAAGAUACCUUAAUAGGAUAUCCCUUUUGGGAGUUUUCCGAUUUUAAAAUUUACACACAUCCGGAAAUAUGUAGUUGUACGUCUAAUGCAAUAGAAAGUCAUUUUUUGUAGAAUAAUUUCAGUAGAGGAUCGUUUUUCUCUUGUUUUGGACUUACCAAUAUGCUUUGUUAUGGACCUCUCUUGCCCGGUGACGCAGCCAAAUGAGUGAAUCGAAUUUGGCGCUGCAAUUUGGUGAGAGAUGCGCUCCAGUGAAAAAUCCACACUAAGAUAUAUUUCUCGUCCUUUUCGGUUCAACUUGUCAUAAAGAAGAGUUUGGCGUGAGAAACUCCACGUGCUCGAACGGGGAAACCGCAAAGUCGUCUACGAAGUACUUGAAUUUCCUUAUCCUCUCACCAACUGUCCGACCUGCGUCGACAUACCCAAUUAUCAUGUCUUUUUACAUCCUCCCACAUCCGCAGAAACUUCGAACGCGUUCCGGCAGUAUUGCGGGCUUCAAAACGGCUCAAACCAAGGACUACUCACCUCAUUGAAGCAGUUAAAAUAAAAGAUUCCAACGGCCCUUUUUAUAAGUGAGAAUGUUUUCUCCUAACACUUGAUGAUCACUUUUUAACUAGGAAAAUACUGACGAGAAAAUAAAUUUAGACUUUUAACCGUGAAACAUAAUAUACAAAAAAUAAACCAAAAUAAAAUUUUGUUUACUUUUCGUCCAAAGAUCUGGUGAAGCGGGGAAUGAGCGGAAAGUGCGAGGUUUUAUGCAAACUCGCAUUUUUUUUGUUCGAAAUGUCUAAUGCUACAUUGGGUCCGUGAGAAACCAAAAAAAAAAAAUCAGCUUAUUUUCAGUCGUUCAUAGAAAAAAAAUGGCUUUCGGCCUCUUGAUGGAUUUCCGGAAUAACGAAAAAGAAGUAAAAUAAACAAAAAAAGAAUAAAUGUUCAGCGCAACGCCCUGAACAUCGUGUUAACGAACCUGGCCCUCGCAGACCUGCUCAUUCUGCUUUUCUGUCUGCCGCCCACCGUCAUCAAUGACGUCACCAAGACUUUCUGGUUCUCGACGGUUUUCUGCAAGUCCGUCCUUUUCAUACAGGUUGGAAUUCAACGGUAUUGCUCGGUUAGAACACUUUGCUAGUUUCUUUUCUUGCCCAUAACAUAUACUUCAAAACUAAAAGUAUCUCGUUUUUUACAUGCUAUUAUUUUGUUUCUAAAGCCUCGCCGUGGAGGGAAGAAAAGACGCAGACAAGUCAUACUUUUUAAUGUUUUUUAUUAGGCCAAUAGACUUCCGAGAAAAAGAGGAAAAAUAACCGCAGAGAGAGUCCGAAAUCUCCCUAUCGCCUGCGUCAUUUAAUAAUGGUUUUUUCGAUCCUCAUUGGCGCAAAAGCUAGCAAAAAAAGUCUUGUUUCAAGAUCGUGUCCACUUUUGUUCCUCAAAAACUUCUCAAAACAUUUCUCCUUCAAAGAAAACCUUCAACUUCACAAAAUAAUUAGAGCAUUGUGUGAAAAGGUUUUUUUAAGAACACAUCGGUAUACGUGAGCGUCCUGAGCCUGGUGUUCAUCACCUGCGAAAGAUGGAGAGCUAUCACUUAUCCUCUCAAACCACCGUUCUUCUCCACCAGCCACGUCAUCCCAGGUUUCAUUUUCAACCUAAAAAUUACACAAGAUAAGCCUAAAAAACCCUGGAAACUUGUGUUUCAGCGAUUUGGCUUCUCGGGAUGAUGCUCUCCUCGCCGGAGCCGCUCACUUUGCAGCUGCAACCGGCUCAGUUCCUCAGGCCUAAUUUUGCGACGACAGUCAGCUAUUUUCUUGGGUGUUGUGAUGAUGGAACUGUUUCAGUGGGGCACUCAAUGCAAAGAGACGUGGUCACAGUCCUUCCAGCGCAAGUACCAACUCGUCCAGGCUCUCUGCGCCUACCUCUGUCCUCUUUUCAUCAUUUCUUGUCUCUGUAUCCACAUGAGCCGCACUCUCAAGCUCUCCAGAGUCUCGUGAGUUUGAUCUCAUGUCUAAAUAACAAAUUAAAUCAGCUAACUGGUAAAUUUGAAAAAACUGAAACUCUCACCUCAAGUUCAUGCCUGCUUCUAAUACCGCAUUCUUCCUGCUUUUUCAGGCGGACUUUUCAAAAUUUCGAAAUAGACUGAAAGAAAGAAACGCUGGUCCAGUAACUCAUUGUUGUGAGAUUAAAAAAGCUCAGGAUGGGCCGACGUCACAUCUCCUCGAGGAAAAAGGCUGUCCGGAUGCUGUGCGCCGUCGUCUUUCUCUUCGCCCUUUCCAAUCUUCCCGUUCACGUUUACAAUAUCGCGCUGUGAGUUGAUUUUAUUACACACGGGCAUUAAUAACGCAAAACGGACGUGCUCCGGACGUUUCUGGGCGAUUCUAGGGAUCACUUAAGAGUUCUGAGGCUACUAAAGUGGUAACUAGAAAUGCCCCGACACGUGCGAUUCGCGUCCCGUUUGCGUUACCAAGGUCUGAGUAUUUGCUUAAGUGAGUUUUGAUCUCGCUUUUGCAACUUAGCGAGUCUCGUUGAGAAUAAGUUUCUUCAACUGGAGCUAUUUUAGGUCAUUCGACUUGCUUUCGAGCGGCGGAGAUGAGCAAGAAAUCGAUGUGAACAUGGUGGCCAUUCGAAAACUUGCUCCACGGGUCUUCUCCUACUCUUCCUCCUGUCUCAACCCGAUACUCUACAGCUUCAUGAGCGGUUCUUUUUCUUUUAUCUUUCCGGCUUAUCCCUCUGACUUGUUACCUUCAUUUCAAUUCCAAUCUUCAAAAUGGUUUUUCUUGUUUAAUUUGAAAGAAAAUUAUCUCCUCAAUUUUGAAUUCCUCGAGGAGAUAUGAGUAACUUAUCCUUUAUAUUUUCCAAACAAACGGUUUCACAAAAACAUUUAUUUCAAGUAAAUGAACGGAACUUCACCAGUGGCUUCAAUAUUUACACGUAUAUUCAUGUGGAAGAAAUGAGGAAUGUAGUGUGA